CAACAUCUUUUAUUGAAAUGUUAGGCAUUUUGAGGAACUUCAGGCAUAACACUUCAAGAAUUUUUCUUCUUGUGGAUCUGAGGAUCCACAUCUACAUGUGCUUCUUGUAGAACAUUGUUAGUGAGUAAGAAUGGGUUUUUGGAAUAUUCAACUGGUUACUUAGGAGUGCUGUUGUGGGAAUUGAGUGUUCUUGCUAUGGGGUUCGAAUUUAGUAUGUUGGUGAAGGUAGAAUGAAAGUAUUUUACUUUUAUAGUUUAUUCCGUGAGUUGAACAACUGUCAUAGGGCUUACGUAUAUUUCCUCAGAUUGAAAACGUAUUUUCCUCCUAUCUGACGGGUUGUGACUUGUGAUUACUGCAUAUAACUUCGUUUCCUUUUCCUAUUCGUGUAAAAUAAUUAAGGGCGUAAUGUUAAUCCCGAUUUUCUUAAUCCAAGACUUUGAUUUGUAAUGUAAGUCAAAAGUAAGAGCUUUGAAAAAAAAUUCAGUUGGAGGUCAAAUUAAAAGUGGAAAGAUUUGAAAAAUUUUAAUACAAUAUGCCGACGACCCAUCAUUAUUGCGUCAGUGGUGUAGUCGCCUUGAAUAAAGCUAUACAAUUCAACACGGUCAUCGUGGAAAUCAACAGCCAUGUAUCCCUAUUCCGUGAUAUGCUAAUACAGAUUGGCCAACCCAAGGACUGCCCCGAGUUACGCGAAAACAUACGAAAGUUGCGACGCAUUUGCGUCGAUACAUGUAAACAUAUGGGACAAGCAAUUAUACCGGAAGUCAGAAGUACAAUGGCCGAAGGACUGUUUGUUGAUAAUCCGCAUUUAGUUAUACUGUUCUACUUGGCACAGCUGUUUCUGCGCGAGCUAGUGAAGUGCUAUCGACUUACUCGAGUGAUCCCAAUGGAUAUGUCCAGCUAUUACGAAACACGAGCAGUAUCGUCAAACUUCGGUAAUUUAAUUAGCCAAAUCUUACUCUGUAAGCAAAUAACACCUGACUUUAAGGAGGAAGAGUUAUGCAGUGUAGCAAAAGAUUCUCAGGAAAUCGCAACGCUUAUAACAGAGCUUCAGGAAUAUAUGCCAAAGCAUGAAUCUCUUCUAGAACGCAAUUCCGCUUUGGAAGACAAAGGAUGGUGGAAUUAUAAGAAACGACGUAACUUAAUAAACAAGCAUCUAAAUUUACUUUGUUGCGUAUCCAAACCAAGUUACCUACGUACAUAGACAUAUCACCAUCGAGAGCGGUGCAUAUUGGGUUUUGUGCGAACUUAAAGUAACUUAUAGCGCGUGUGAAUGGAGACACCUACACUUUAUACUCCCCCACGUCUGAAUGGUUUUUACUUAUGAAUUUAUGCAGUAGUAGUAGGAGUGUCAAACAUUCACAUUUGAAAAGUUACACAGAAUCCCAUACGUUGCACUUAGAAGCCGCUUCGGUGCCCUUUAUAUGAAUUUCUACGCCCUCUUUAUGAUCCAUAUCAUAAAAACA